ACACCCUCUCUUAUCUUAUGGAUCUCCCUAGAACCACCACCACCACCACCAAACCAUCUCACCUUACUCGCCUCAAUGCCUUCAUGGCCAAAUCCUUCAUCGGUCGGAGAUUCAAACUAACCCAACGACAAACAACCUUCACAACCGAGCUCCGUGCCGGCACCACCACCUUUCUUACCAUGGCCUACAUCCUCGCCAUCAACGCUUCAAUCCUCUCCGAUUCCGGCGCCACCUGCUCCAUCUCCGACUGCACUCACCCUUCUCCAACCUGCAAGUUCCCUCCUGUCGACCCAGGCUACUCUUCCUGCAUCUCCACCGCUCGCCGUGACCUCAUCGUCGCCACCGCCGCCUCCUCCGCCAUUGGCUCUUUACUCAUGGCUCUCUUCGCCAACCUCCCUCUCGCUCUCGCCCCCGGUAUGGGCACCAACGCCUACUUCGCUUACUCCGUAGUCGGCUUCCACGGCUCCGGCAACCUCCCUUACCGCACCGCCCUCGCCGUCAUCUUCCUCGAAGGUCUUAUCUUUCUUCUAAUCUCCGCCAUCGGCCUUCGUGGUAAACUCACUUCACUCAUACCAAAUCCAAUCCGCAUCUCCUCCUCCGCCGCCAUCGGCCUUUUCCUCGCCUUCAUCGGCCUUCAACCCAAUCAAGGCAUAGGUCUCAUCGGCUUCUCUCCAUCCACAAUUUUAGGUCUCGCUGCUUGCCCAGUCUCCGACCGUGCCUCCCUUUCCCCAGUCCUCACCUUCUCCAACGGCACCACCGUUCUCCUCCCCAACUCCACCGUCUCCUCCCCCAUCUUCUGUCUCCACCACCGCAUGCUCAGCCCCACCUUCUGGCUCGCCGCCGUUGGCUUCCUCAUUAUCUCCUUAUGCCUUAUCAAACACAUCAAGGGAGCCAUCAUCUACGGCGUUCUCUUCGUCACUUUCAUCUCCUGGUUCCGCAACACCUCAGUCACCACCUUCCCUAACACUCCCUCCGGCGACGAUGCUUUUAACUAUUUCAAAAAAGUCGUCGACGUUCACAAAAUCCAGUCCACCGCCGGCGCUCUCCGUUUCUCAGGCAUAACCAAACCAUUCUUCUGGGAAGCUCUUCUCUCUUUUCUCUACGUAGACAUUCUUGACACCACCGGCACUUUAUACUCCAUGGCUAACUUCGCCGGCUUUGUUGCCGAUGAUGGUAGCUUUGAAGGCCAGUAUUUUGCAUUCAUGUCUGAUGCUACUGCAAUUAUCAUCGGCUCUUUACUUGGUACCUCGCCGGUGACUACGUUUCUUGAGUCUUCAACCGGGAUUAGAGAAGGUGGGAGGACAGGGUUGACGGCGAUGACGGUGGCCGGGUAUUUCAUGCUGGCUUUCUUCUUCACUCCAUUGCUAGCUUCGAUACCGCCGUGGGCAGUAGGACCACCGUUGGUGCUCGUCGGAGUGAUGAUGAUGAAGUCAGUGAAGGAGAUAGAGUGGGGAGACAUGAAGGAAGCUAUACCGGCGUUUAUGACACUGAUUCUGACGCCAUUGACGUACUCGAUUGCUUAUGGACUCAUCGCCGGCAUCGGAACUUACGUCGUCUUGCAUGCAUGGGACUGGGCGAUCGUCGCAUGGCGGUGGUUGGUGAUGAAGAGGAAGAUGAAGAAGAGGGUGGAAAACACUGUUGCUAGCGGAGCCAAUAAUCAUAGUGAUAAAACACUUGACAUUUGAUUUGCUGAAAUCUAGUCAAAACUGAUAAUUAUGAUAAUCUUAUUAUCAAAUGUAUUGGAUUGAGUUACAUGGGGAAAAAAAAA